CCUCUGGCAGCAGCCCCUAGGGGGACGGCCCACCUGCCCGCGGCGCAGCGCUGAGGUGCAUAGCGUAAUGUCCAUGCUGUGCUACACUCUGAUUAUAGCGUUUCUGAUCGGCAUAUGGGCAGCACCAAAAUCUGAGGAUAAUGCACCACUGGGGUCUCCUGCAACAUCUGACAUUUCGGAAAGAAGCCGGACUAACGCGUACCAUGUUGUGAAAACAGGGCAACACAGAGACCAUAACCAGCCUGUUACUAAGAAAGCAGAGGACAGAAAAAUUGGGCAAGCUGCAAACAUCAAAGUGGACCCAAAGCUUUUCCAGAAGAGGCGAUUCCAGUCCCCUCGAGUUUUGUUCAGCACUCAGCCACCUCCUUUGUCAAGGGAUGAUCAGGGUGUGGAGUUUCUGGACAGCACAGACUCUCUCAACAGGAAUAUCCGAGCCAAGCGUUCAACACACCCCGUGCACAACCGUGGGGAAUAUUCUGUGUGUGACAGUAUUAGCGUGUGGGUUGCCAACAAAACCACAGCGACAGACAUCAAAGGCAAACAGGUGACUGUGAUGGUGGAUGUGAACAUUAACAACAGCGCUUACAAGCAGUACUUUUUUGAAACCAAGUGCAGAGACCCUAAGCCAGUGUCCAGUGGGUGCAGGGGCAUUGACGCCAGGCAUUGGAAUUCCUACUGCACCACUACACACACCUUUGUUAAGGCGUUGACCAUGGAAGGCAAGCAGGCAGCCUGGCGGUUCAUUCGGAUUGACACCGCCUGUGUAUGCGUAAUCAGUAGGAAAGCAAAUAACCUCUGAAAUAGACCAACUGUCCUCCGCCCCACCCACAUACUCCCAGUCCCCUACCUCAGCCUGUAAAUUAUUUUAAGUUAUGAGGACUCUAUGGUAUAUUUAUAGUUUAUACAGUAAAGAAAUGAAUCCUCAUUAUUUAUUAAACUCUUUUGG